UUGUUUGUAAUCGUAUUGUUUAUUUUAUUGUUCUCUCUCUCGUGUUCCACAUCAUUGUUUAUUUUUGGGGGAUCAAAAUGCACACACCAUCAAUACAGUACUUUCAUUCUCAUAUAUAUUGCUACAUCAUCUAGCUAUUAUCGAAACUUAGAUAACCCGCAAAACGUCAAGAAUACUCGGAGAUUCGCCACCGUGAGUCCCAUAAUGGGUUGUGUUCAGACCAGGGGGAUUCCUUACUCGCCGCCGCAUGGGCUCCAGAAUUUGAAACAUGAAAAUGGGUAUGUCAGAGGUGGACCUGGAGCUGGAGCUAGAGGUGCUAAUCAUGGAGGAGGAGGAGGCAGACCCAUUAAUGCUCAGAAACGGCCUCCAAAGGAUCAUCAUCAUCAGGGUCAGGGUCAGGGUCAGGGUGGUCUGGUUAAUAAGUUACCCAGAAGAGAAGUGGUUGGUGGUGGUGUUAAAGUUAAUAAUGGUGUUGGUGGUGAUGAGAGGAAGAUAAGGAGAGAAGGAGAGAGUGAUGGUGUAAGUGUUUCACACAGGUUUACAACAAAGAAGAUUGGUGCAGAUGAGCUAGUUGACGGAUGGCCUAAGUGGCUUGUUGAUAAUGUCCCUAAAAAUGUUUUGGAUGCUUUGGUUCCUAAGACUGCCGAUUCCUAUGAUAAGCUCGCUAAGGUAGGCCAUGGAACAUAUAGCAAUGUGUAUAAAGCUCUAGACAGGGACACUGGAAAGAUCGUCGCUCUAAAGAAGGUUCGCUUUGACACAUCAGAACCGGAGAGUGUGAAAUUCAUGGCAAGAGAGAUUAUACUAUUACAGCAACUAGAUCAUCCCAAUAUCAUUAAGCUUGAAGGACUAGCCACUUCAAGAAUGCAAUAUAGUCUCUAUUUGGUCUUCGAUUACAUGCAGUCGGACUUAAUGAAAGUUAUCUCCCGACCAGGGGAGAGACUCACAGAGCCACAGGUCAAGUGCUAUAUGCUACAGUUACUUUCAGGUCUGCAGCAUUGCCAUGCGAGGGGAAUUUUACAUAGGGACAUCAAAGGAUCCAAUCUGUUGAUAGACAAAAAUGGGAUGCUAAAAAUAGCAGAUUUUGGGCUGGCAAAUUAUUUCCAACCUAGACAAAAACGUCCUCUUACAAGCCGAGUCGUGACACUCUGGUAUAGAGCUCCAGAACUACUUUUAGGUUCAACAGAUUAUGGAGUUGGGAUUGAUCUCUGGAGUGCAGGAUGCCUAUUGGCAGAGAUGUUUGUUGGAAAGCCAAUUAUGCCUGGUCGAACAGAGGUCGAGCAACUUCACAGAAUUUUCAAACUUUGUGGUUCUCCUUCUGAGGAUUAUUGGAAAAGAAUGAAGCCACAAGCAACCUUUCGACCACCACAACAAUAUAAACCCAGUUUUCAAGAGGCCUUUACAAACUUACCUUCGUCUUCUUUUAGUCUCUUGACCUCACUGCUAGAUCUGGAACCAGCAUACCGAGGCACUGCUGCUUCCGCUCUUCAAAAUGAAUUCUUUAGUUCAAGUCCAUUGGCAUGCAACCUUUCUGGUCUACCCUCAAUGAAUAAAGAGGAGGAUGAGCCGAUUGUGACCAAUGAUCAGAAGAAGAAGAAGGCUUCUAAAGCAAAGCAACGGCCUCUCAAGAACAAUGGAGGCCAUGGAAGAAAGGACUCAAUAACAGAACAAAGCAGAGAAUAUUCAGGAUCUUUUAAAGAGGAGAGAAAUGGAGAGUCAAGCUUCCAAAGCCAGGAGAUGGGUUACAGUGUAAGCAGCAGUGCUUCUAGUACAAAACCAAGCGGGAGUACUGGACAGGCGAUUCCACCUCCGUCUCCGACUCCAGCUUUUCAUUCUAACCGAAAGCAAUCUGCAAGAACAGAGGCACAUCCUAAUGCCACGAAGAACAUCAAGAACUUUCCACUCUUACUUGCCUCCCUAGCCGAUACCGGCAACCACAUCACAAUCGAAGACAACAGGCCAACUCUCAACAGGAGGUCCAUCUCUACCGUCGAUUUUCGAACAAUUGAUCUCGAAAGGAUAUCAAAGCUCUUUGGGUCGAAAGAAAAUUAGGUCAUGAAGAAGAGAAAGGUUAUUCCAUUUGGUUCUUGAGACCUGCAUUUCCUGUUUUACAAGUACCCAUUUCUAGCCAUUUACUUAGCUGAGUAUUGAAUAAACAAACCAGUUUUCAGUUUCA